CACCGCAGCCUGAUUCUUGGGCAGCUACUCAGCGGUCGCAGCCGAGUUUUGUUUGCGCGUACCCCUAUUUGCGCCUUGCAUCUCGCAACCUUUUUUUUCCCCUGCCGUCUGAAUUCAAGUUGUUUAGGGCUCCAGACGUCGACAUUCGAAGGCUCUAGCCCCCAUAUAGGACUUCGUAUCGGUAUACUAGUUCCUGAAAUGGUGGCGCUUUUACACAGGCGGAUUGCCUACGCCGUCGCUGCGAUCGUGUUCGUCACCGUCGUAUUUCUCAGUCGAGACGUUGCAACGGAACAUGUCAAGAAUAUAAAUUGGAAUACAUCGACAGACUUCCUGCGCAAGGGCUCCGAAAAUAAAGAGAACGACAAACCAAAAGUACCCGAACCCUACGACAUUCACAACCCAUACAACGACUCGGCCGAGACUGCCAACAUUCCCGAAACGUCAAAUCAAAACAAAAUCGAUACUCAGGCGUCGAAUAAUGACAACAGCAUUAAUAGCAUCAAGAAUGCCACAUUCGGUUUUGAGCACAUCUUCGUUGUCGGUCUACCCUCUCGCUCGGAUCGCCGUGAUGGCAUGGCACUGGGCGCGGGUUUGACCGGAGUACAGAUUGAAUUCAUUGACGGCAUUGCUGGUUCCGACAUUACCGAGAAGGCUAUCAUACUGCCCCAAGAAGGCAAGGCUAUUGAGGGUGGUAGCCUUGGUGCCUGGCGUGCGCAUAUCAACGCUAUCCGAGAAGUUGUGAUGCGAAACCUUACCACAGCUCUCAUCAUGGAAGACGAUAUAGAUUGGGAUGUUCGAAUCAAGCGACAGCUUCGGGACUUCGCACUGUCGAGUCGCGCUCUUCUUCAGCCACUACGUGAUUCGGACGGAUACGCCGACCCAUCCUAUCCAUACAAAACAGCGAAGAGCCCAAAGAAAACUGUCAACUUGAAAUUCAGCGAAUUACCUCCGACAAAAGACCCAAUCACGACACCGUACGGCGAUAAGUGGGAUGCCUUCUGGCUUGGCAAUUGUGGCAUGGCUUUUCCCGAUGACAAGAAUGCGUUCAUUUCCAGGGGACGCGUAACCUACGAAAACGACGAAACGGUGCCUGCAAAGAAAUUCAUGGACAAAGCCAACCUCCCCCAGCUCCUAGAACAAUACCCUGAUCACACCCGCGUUGUUCACCACUCCCAAGGUGGCAUCUGCAGUCUGGCUUAUGCGGUCACUCAACGUGGUGCUCAAAAAAUGCUUUACGAGCUGGCUCUCAAGCCCGUCACUAGACCAUUUGACUUGAUGCUCAAUGCUUUCUGCGGCGGCGAUCUCGGGGGUGAGGACCACAACUGUCUUGCCGUUUCGCCACCAAUAUUCAAUCACCAUCGACCAGCAGGGAACAUGAAUUCAGAGAGUGAUAUUUCGCCACAUGGAGAGAACUAUCGAGCGGAACCCAUGACAGAUUUGGUAAGGUGGGCUGUCCGAGUAAAUGCAGCGAAGUUGCUCAGGGGGGAGCAGAAUUUCGUAGAUGCGUUCCCUGAUGAUAAGGAAUAAGUAAAUUUGUAUCUGAAGUCACAUUAUAAAAUCGUUAAUAUUUGCUGUUAUUCCAAACAAUUGAAUAGUUUAGCUAAGUAGAUAAUCCGGCGGUGCGAGAGCAUAGCUGGAUUCUUUUACGUAAAGAUGCCUCCGAUGCUGUAUUAAUAUCACAUACUCAGUGUUACAAACCAAUCAGGGACGAGGGGUCGCGCCAACGGGCCGCCCCUCCGACAUGACAUAAG